AUGCCGAGAAAGGCUGUACUUUUGAAGUCAUUGACUCGUGGGCGCAUUCGGACCUCUUUUAACAAAUACAAUCUGUUCAAUCUUUACAAGAAAGGCGACGUGGACUUCAGAUCUAAAACGUUAUACCAACAAAAAUGGACUGCAAAGCAAGAGACUAGAGCUUACCACGGUGAACACUUGACCGAAGGUAGAUGGCAAGUAAAUUUCAGUCCUAAACUAGAUUCUGUUGCGCAGCUAGAUGCGUCUUUAAGAGGUGGUGAGAUAGAACAAACACCAAUUCUGAUGCAAACAUAUGCUGUUCUCGAGAAGAGAUUGGACUUUGCCAUAUUCAGAGCGAUGUUUGCCUCAUCUGUCAGACAGGCACGCCAGUUCAUUAUUCAUGGGAACGUUUAUGUAAAUGGUGUCAAAAUAACACAACCAGGGUAUCCAUUAAAGGCGGGCGAUGUCUUUAACGUCAAGCCAGAAAAAGUUCUUCAAGCAUUGGGUGCCAAGAAACCAAGCUAUAGCGAGGCCCUUAAGAUUGAUAAGAUGCAGAUUGCAGUAUGGAAUAGGCAUGUGAAGGAAGUUAAAGAAAAUCCAAGAGAGCAAUGGGAAAACAAGCAAGAGAAGUACAGAUCGAUGGAUGAUUCAAAUCCCAAGAAACAAGAAUACCUGGAGUUUGUCAAGAACUACAACAAGUCAUUAACGGCGAAAAUGGAAGCCGAAAUCAAAAGUGCUACUAAAGAAUCCAUUUUAGCGAAGAUAAUAUCUGUCGGAGCUGCUAUUUCAGACCAGGAAAAUAUAUCAUCAAAGGAGUUUGAGGGCAUUUUUUAUGACAAUUCCUCUGUAGCAACACAAGCCCUUGAAUGCUACCAAGAGUUAAAAAAAUCUGGUCAAAUUACUCCCGGCCACACCACAGAUAAGUCAGUGGAGGAACUCACCAUUUUGGCACAUAGAAUUGUCACACCCACGGAGGAGAUGAAGAGCAGUAUGUCAGAUGGGGCUAAACGUUCUUUGAGAGCUGCCAAGAACAUCGUUUCCGAGCUCUUGACUGAGUUAGAUGGCCACAUCAGAAAGGUCUAUGAAUCAAAGAAAGGGAGUGAACAAACGUUAUCUAUCCCAUAUAAUCCUGAAUGGGCAUCUAAACUGGCGCCUCACCAAUCCCUUGACAUAAAGAAUCUAGCUGAAGAUGAGACGAAAGCUUCUCAAUUAAUCAACCUUCCAUGGCAAAAGGGUGUAUAUGGACGCGAGAGAUCUUCUAAGCCUUAUUUCACGCCAUGGAAGCCAAGACCAUUUUUGGCCCCAUUUGCAAUUCUUCCUCAUCAUAUCGAGGUCUCAUUCAAAACAUGCCAUGCUGUUUACUUGAGAGAUCCAGUGGCUAGACCUGGCCAGUCGGAAGUGAUUUCUCCAUUUGGUCUACCUGUACACGAACGUGCAUACAUGUACUACGUAAGAAGAGGGAAAUAA